AUGGCAUCUCAAAUUGUUGAUGUUGAGGAGUCAGCUCUGUGGUCUACACAAUUAGAGAGAUGUUUUGUUGAUAUAAUGGUUGAGGAGGUUAAUAAGGGGAACAUGCCAUUUGGGAUAUUUACUUCCAAGUGUUGGAAAAAGAUUACGGAGGAGUUCAAAAACAAGACUAAUCACGCUUAUAAUUUGAAGCAACUAAAGGCAAAAUUUAAUCAAUUACGUACAAAACAUCGUGAGUUUUCAACUCUUCGAAACGAGACAACUGGGUAUGGUUGGGAUGCAGAAACAAACACUAUGACUGCUAAUGAAGAAACUUGGCAACUUCACUAUGCAUCCACUCAAGAUCCGCCUAAUACAAACGAAGAACGAGAGCAGGAGGAUCAAUUUAUGAAUACAGGUGUCAAUGUUAGUUCAACUGCUAAAGGUCAAGAUGAUUCAGAUAAUAUUCUAGUUGAAGACAAUAAUCCUAGUCGUCGUAAAUCCACAUCCUCUGAUCGUCGUGCAAAAAAAGAGAGUAAAAAAAAUUCCAUCAGUGAUACUCUUGCUUGUAUUGUUGAAGCUUCCAAAGCAAGGACUCAAGCUUCCAAAGCAAGGACUAAAGCUUCAUUAGCUAAGGCGGAGACAUACAAGAAAAUGAAACAUACUCAAAAGGCAACUAGCCCAGACGCAUACUCUCCAAGUAAUUGUAUUGAAUGCCUUGAGGGUCUUGAUGAGAUAGAAGAUGACACAUAUUUGAAGGCAACUGAAAAGUUUAAGGAAUUGCACUAUAGAGAAUUAUUCAUUAAGAUGAGCAUUUCCAAGAAGUUUGCUUGGUUGAAGAGCUUGGACUGA